AUGGAAGACAGAGUGUUGAAAUCUACUUUGCCACUGGAAAUUAAGGAAAAAAUAUUGAAAGAUAUUAAAAUAAUCACUGGGUUAAAUACUAAGGAAAUAAUGAGAAAGAUUGCUAACUCCCCGGUUGAUUCAACCAUUGGUGAGGUGGCUAUUAAAGACCAGUCAAAAGACCUCAGACAAAAAGGCGAAGUUUACCAAAAAUUAUCGGAAGAAGUUAAAAAACAACAGGACAAAAUAAGCAACUUCAAAGAAAAAAGCGGGCGAUGCCAGGACUGUCAAAAAUAUUGUGACGAGCAUGAAAAGCAAACUCAAAAAGCAAUGGCUGAGCAUGAGAAAUGUAAACACUGUCAUAAAUAUGAUAAACAAAUUGAACAAUCUAAAGCAAAAGUGGAGGAAAUUAAGGAAAAGUUAGAAAAUUUAAAGAAAACCAAGCCAGGGGCCACGAAAGAAAUUCAAAAAUUAACUACUGAUUUAGAAAGUAAAAAAGAGCAAAGUGAAAUUCUUCGCCACCAAGCCCUCGAAAUUCUUAUGGAAAAGAGGAACAAAGAGGGCUAUACUACCCUUCAAGAGAAAUUGCAGAAGUUAGAAAGAGAUUAUUUUUCCACCAAAGAAAGGUUAAAGAUGUAUGCCCAAAUUGGUUUAUUAAAGAAGAAAAUGGUAGAAAUGAAUGAAGAGGAUGAUAAGAUUAUUACCUAUCGUCUUCUGGAAACUGGGGAAGAUAAAACUAUCCAAUUGACUAGUGGGGAAACUGACCCCGAUCAGGGAAAAAUUUCUUGCCUUAGUCCGCUAGGAAUGGCCCUUAAUAAUAAAAAG